AUGUUGGCGGCGGAACGCGUCAAAGUGGUGGAAGCGCACAGCGCUGGGAAAAUCGCGCAGGAUGCGCUCAGAGAGCAAUUGACGAAGAGUGAAAAUGAGACCAUGGCUCUGCGGCGAAUGAUGGAGACGAGGUCGACGGAGAUGGCGAACGCGGUGCGGCAGCUCAACGAAGAGCUCGCGGCGCAGCACGAAAUCGUUGAACGCGGGAUGGCGAGUCGCGUCGAUGCUUUACGAGAGACGUUUGAUGAUGAACUAGCUCGCGCGCGAGAGCGUGCGAAUGAGAUGAUUGAAUCGGCUAGGAAAAGUGUGAAGGAGGCGAACGAGCGCGUGGCUCGCAUGGAGUCCACAGCGACGAGAGCCGAGAACGUUUCUCGCAACGCGCUGAUGAAAUUGAAAGAAAUCGCCGCGGCGUCGGCCGAUACCGAACGCGAGUGCGCACAGCUACGCACAAAUUUGCAUGCCGUCGGGGAAAUCAACGCAAAGCUCACGCGUCGCAUCAUAGACGGCGAACCUUUCGUGUUGGAUGAGGAACUCGACGUCGUUCGCGAGCCCGGGGCGGAGAUGAGCGUCAACACGCCGUCGCCCGCGAGCGAGAGAUCGCGCGGUAAACCUGCAAAAUUUGAUACUCGCGACAUCCAGCACAUCCAUCGCGAGUUACAAAACGAGCUCUCCAAGCUACGCGUCGAGCACGAAUCCAUCGCGCGAGAAAUCGGCGGGAGCUCGGGCGCCGAGGGAGAAUUUCUCGCCAAGGCGCUCGAGGACGCGCAAGAGCGCGUCGAGAGUAAAGCGCGCCAGGUGAAACUUCUCAACAAGACGAUACGCAGCGCCACGCAUUAG